AUGUAGAUUAGAUGUACACAAGCUGAAAGCUGAUCAUUAAAAUCAAUAAAUAAUAGGCUUUUGUAUAGAUGGUGCAUGUCCAAAUUAAAAACUUUUUUGUCAUCUUUGCUUGCCUAGCCAUAUUCAACAUAUUAGUAAGUUGACAUCUGAAGAAUUGUUAUCUGGAUGGAUUAAGGAAAGAAUUCUUGCGGCUCAAGAUAUUUAAAAGAAUAUUUAAGAAUGUAAAAUUGCCCUUGAUCGUCUUAUAAAUUUAUUUUUUCUUUAUAAUAACUUCAAUAUUUAAUAAUUAACAGAAUUAGGAUUAUCAAAGAUUGAUUAAUUAAUAAAAGGUUUUAGUUAAAUAGGAGAUUGUGAAGAAAAAUUAUUUAAGCAACUCAAGCAAUCAAUCGAAUAAACCAAAUCCUUUGUUAAUGAAAUAAUUAAAAAAAUAAAGAAUCAGCAAGUAUAUUUAAUUUUUAAUAUAAUGAUUACUAAACUAAGGAUAAUCUCAACUAAUUGA